UUUCUUUUAUUGAAAUUUAAUUUGAAUUACAAAAUAACAUUCAUUGAAGUUUCAAAAUUUUCAACUUCAUUGACUAGUCCAUUAGAGUGUUCAGACUCCUAGAUCAAAUAAAAAAACAAUCAAAAGGAAAAAAGCACAAACAUAUAACAAACAUAACAAACUUCAACUUUUUCUGCUCCUACGUCCUACCUGAAAUGCUUCGGCUACUCUUUCUGUUCGUGUUCCUUACCGCAAUAACUUCAUUAGCAUCAUCACUAUCUCCAACUUACAAUGAUAUUUACUGUCCAAACAACGCAACCUUCGAAUCCAACAACAACACAGUACUCAAAUCAAAUCUCAAUGUCCUACUCACCUCUCUCGUCGCCAACGCCACGAUAGGCGGCGCUGAUUUCUACUCAACCUUCAUGGGAUUGGGAACAACCAACGUUGUCAGCGGUGUUUUCCUCUGCCGCGGUGACGUUAACUCCACCAUGUGUCAGAAUUGUGUAACCACUGCAGCUACAGAUAUAACACGCCUCUGUCCUAACAAAACGGAGUCGAUUAUAUGGUAUGACGAAUGCAUGCUGCGUUACACUAAUCGUUACUUUAGCCCCACCAGUAUCGUGCCAAGAGCAAAUUUGAACGAUGACAAGAACAUCACUACCUUGAAAUUGGAUACCUUUAAUGGAUUGUUGUUGAGUUUCUUGGGUACGUUGGCUGCAGAAGCUGCAAAUUCUCUGACAGCAAAGCAAUUCGCGACUGGAGAAGAGAGCUUCGACUUUAGAAGCAACUCUUUGGUUUAUGGGUUGGCGCAGUGUGUCAAGGGAUUGACGAUUGUUCAGUGUGACGAAUGUUUAGUAAAUGCUUCGAGAACUCUUCUUACAUGUUGUGAAGGAAAACAAGGUGCUAGAGCUCUUCUUGCAUGGUGUAAUAUCAGAUAUGAUUCCUACAAGUUUUACGAUACAACCGAUGAUUCAUCUUCGCUUCCACCUCCACCUUCCGGAAAGAACAAGUCCGGGUCAACAACAAGAACGGUCUUGAUUGUUGUUAUUGUUACCGGGUCAACAAUUCUACUUUGCUUAGGCUGCUAUUUCCUCAUCAGAAGAUCAGCUUGGAAGAAAUAUAAAACUCUUAUGAGAGAAAAUUUUGGUGAUGAAAGUGCGGCGUUACAGUCACUGCAGUAUAGUUUAGCCACAGUUGAAGCAGCCACAAAGAAAUUUUCAUCAGAGAAUAAAAUAGGCAAGGGAGGAUUUGGAGAGGUUUACAAGGGUAAUCUUAUAGAUGGAAGGCAAAUAGCUGUGAAAAAGCUAUCUCUGAGUUCAGGACAAGGUGCAGGAGAGUUCAUAAAUGAGGUUUUACUAAUAGCCAAACUUCAGCAUAGAAAUUUGGUAACCUUAAUAGGCUUUUGCUUGGAAGACCAAGAGAAAAUGCUCAUUUACGAAUACGUGCCCAACAAAAGUCUCGAUUACUUUCUAUUUGAUAGCCACAAGACUAGAUUACUACACUGGUUUGAGCGUUAUAAAAUCAUCAAAGGGAUUGCGCAUGGAAUACAUUAUCUACACAACCAUUCAAGGUUGAAGAUUAUUCAUCGUGAUCUCAAACCUAGUAAUGUAUUGUUAGAUGAUAAUAUGAAUCCUAAAAUAUCUGAUUUCGGCAUGGCAAGAAUGGUGGCUCUAGAUCAAGAUCGGGGAAGUACAAAUAGAAUUGUUGGAACAUAUGGCUAUAUGUCGCCAGAAUAUGCAAUGCAUGGACAAUUUUCAGAAAAAUCAGACGUAUUCAGUUUUGGAGUCAUAAUUUUGGAGAUAAUUAGUUCAAAAACGAAUACCCGUUCUCUUUUAUUUGAUAGCGACGAUGACCUCUUGGGUCAUGCUUGGAAACAAUGGAUGAAUCAAACACCAUUAGAACUAGUAGACCAAGAUAUAAAAGAAUCAUGCAACCAUAGUGAAUUGGUUAAGUGUAUUCAAAUUGGUUUAUUAUGUGUUCAAGAGAAACAUGAUGAUAGACCUACAAUGGCAACAAUUGUUUCGUAUCUCACUAGCCCUUCCGCGGAGUUGCCAUUUCCAAGAGAGCUGACAGAGUCUACGCGCAGUGAAAUUUUGCCAAAGAUGGUAGGAGGGGAGUUAAGUUCGACUUCUAUAUCAACUUUCAAUGGAAUAAGUUCAUAGGUAAGUUCUGCAUUCUCUGCCACUGCUUAGAAGUUAGAAUUCAUGUAAUAUGUUACUUCCAAAUCUUAAGUUAUAUAUAUAUAUUCAAGUUUUUAAAUGUCGAUAAUUCAAGUUACCUUGAAGCCUAUGCAGUUAACAGAAAGUUUGUGUUUAGUGCACUCUUUUUUAUCAAAAUUCAGAGAAUGCUGACAGAUGUACUUACAGAUUUUCCACCAGCGAGAUCCUCACAUUGGUAGCAGAAUUUCAAUCCAGUUAUCCCUUUGUAAUUACCGAAAAUAUAUAUUUAGCAAUAUAGAUGUAGAAAGAAGAUGAGAUGAUGGACUCGCAGUUUACAUCUUGCACCAUCUCCUUAGCAAUUGUCACUGUUUGAAAUCUCCCAUCUUAUAGUCUCGGAUUUCCUUAUAAAAUAGGAAUCUGGAAUUUCAAAGUGUUUCAAUCACAACAAACUGGACACCCCAUAAUGUCUCAAUUAGUUAAGUUAUAGCACCCAAACAAAUCCAAGAGCUCGAGGUUAGGACACCCCUGACAUAUUGAUUUGAGUCCUUUAGCUGAUAAAUCGUAAGAAUGCAAUCUCUAACCACUUUAGAUGAGGCAAAGAAUUAGCAAUGAAAGCAGCUUCCGAAUCGUCUUCUUAAAUGCAAGCAAUUAGAAAAUCGUCGGGUACAAUCUCAUUGUCUUGUAAUGGAUCAAAACCGAUACAUAGUAUUCCUCACAUUUCUCUUCAUAACCUUUUCUUUCAAUCAACACAAAUGACUCAUGGGUUACUUCAGAGCAAUUGCUUAUGUCCAAUUCCGUUAAAUUUGGACACCCAAAAGAAGUCUUAGAGAUACAAUCAUCACUAACAUUGCAAUUUCUGAUUGAUAAUACCUUAAGAUUUGGACAUCUGAAAUGCAGUUGAAUCAUGUUAUUAAAAUCAUCACUACAAAUGUUUCUAAUAAAAAUUGUUAUUUAUUAAAGUAUAGUAAAACUAGAUAAAACUCUUGCAUUAUUAGUAACAUGAAGAAAUUGGGAAGAAAAUUUGUACCUUUGGGCAACGAGAUCAAGAGAACGAUCAGAACAACGCUGAAUACAAAUCUGGGUGAGGAAGAUGUAAGUCGAUUGGACAACAGAUUAAAGCACUGAACCAUGAUAAGAGAGUUAACUUGCGCGACAAGUCAAAGAAGGGUUCGAGGUUGAAUACAGAGUGAAGAGAAGGUUCCUUGAAGCACUGAACCAUGAUCCUUUGCGCUGAGUCGUCACAGAAUGUUAAUCAAACAGUCCCGAGUGCGCUCGGCCCACUCGGCAUUGCUUUGUUCCAUCUUCUUUUUAACUAAAACAUUCAAGUUUGGUAACAUGCAAAUGCUUCCUAGAAGUUAAAUUAGGUAAUGAGGUUAUGAGGGUGUGUUUGAUUCGAGGAAAUACGAGGUAUAAAAGAGUAAUUUUAUUUAUCUACUUCCUCAGUUCUUUUAUAAGUGUCUUUUUUAAGGAAAAUAUUAUUUCUUUUUUAAGUAUCAUUUCAAAGGUAAAAAAAGGAAUAAUGAUAG